AGUGCCUGUUGCUACCUUUACCCUCAACAGACGUAAAAUUUACUGUAUCAGACGAACGAAUUUUAGGCUAGAUACAUACGAGCUGAACAGUCCGCCAGACAAAAACGCAAGACACCCAGGACCCGAUCGAUCGAAAACCCCGCAACCAGAAGAGCAACAUGUCGGCGAUGCAGGUAGAUGAGCACCAGAUCGAUGAGUCUCUUUACUCUCGACAGCUCUACGUUUUGGGUCAUGAGGCCAUGAAGCGCAUGGCAACCUCGAACGUGCUAGUCGUCGGAAUGAAAGGGUUGGGAGUCGAGAUUGCCAAGAACAUCGUAUUGGCUGGUGUAAAAUCGGUCACGGUGUAUGACCCCUUCCCGGUCGAGGUGGCAGAUCUGGGUUCGCAGUUCUUCCUUCGAGAAGCCGAUGUUGGCAAGCCCCGAGGAGAGGUGACCGUACCCCGCCUUGCCGAGCUGAACAGCUACGUGCCCGUAACAUUGCUGGAGGGGGAAGGAGAGGUCACCACCGACAUGGUCAAGAAGUUCCAGGUCGUUGUCUUGACAAACACCACCUUGAGCAAGCAGAUCGAGAUCGACGAGUUCUGCCACAACAAUGGGAUCGCUUUUAUCGCCGCCGAUGUUAGAGGACUCUUUGGUUAUGCCUUCAACGACUUUGGUUCAAAAUUCACCUGCGUUGACCCUACCGGUGAGAACCCAUUGAGCGGAAUCGUGGCUAGCAUUGACAAGGAUGGAGAUGCUGUUGUGACGUGUCUGGAUGAGCAGCGACACGGUCUCGAAGACGGUGACCAUGUUACUUUCUCCGAAGUCAAAGGCAUGACCCAGUUGAACGGCUGUGAGCCGAGGAAAGUGACGGUUAAGGGGCCUUACACCUUUACUAUCGGGGACACCACCAGCUUCGACGACUAUGUUAGCGGUGGACUUUUCACCCAGGUCAAGAUGCCUAAAGACAUUGCUUUCAAAACUCUAAAGCAAUCCUUGAAGGAGCCUGAGUACUUCAUGACCGACUUUGCCAAGUUCGACCGUCCCGCCACUCUGCACGUCGGUUUCCAGGCACUGUCAUCCUUUGCCGACCAGCACGGUCGCUUGCCUUCCCCUCGUCACGAACAUGAUGCCAAGCAGGUCGUCGAGAUCGCACAAAAGAUCAAGGCAGACCUCGGUCUCGAGGACGAGCUUGACGAGAAGGUCAUCACCGAGCUUGCCUACCAAUCUCAGGGAGAACUUUCCCCCAUGUGUGCCGUUAUUGGAGGAUUCGUCGCCCAGGAGGUACUCAAAGCAUGCAGUGCCAAGUUCCACCCAAUGGUGCAGAACAUGUACUUUGACUCGCUCGAGUCGAUGCCCGACCAGAUCCCUACCGAGGAGGAGUGUGCACCUGUUGGCAACCGAUACGACGGUCAGAUUGCGAUCUUCGGAAAGACCUUCCAGAAGAAGAUCCAAGAAACCAGGGAAUUUUUGGUCGGAUCGGGAGCUAUCGGAUGCGAGAUGCUGAAGAACUGGAGUAUGAUGGGUCUGGGUUCCGCCGGAGAUGGAUGCAUCCAGGUCACCGAUCUCGAUACCAUUGAAAAGUCCAACUUGAACAGGCAGUUCUUGUUCCGUGCUAAGGACUUGGGCAAGUUCAAGUCGGAGAGCGCUGCUGCCGCUGUCGCCGAGAUGAACCCCGACCUCAAAGGAAGGAUCAUCAGUCACCAGGACCGAGUCGGGGAGGACACGGAGGACAAGUAUGGCGACGACUUCUUUGCCAAGAUUGACGGUGUCACCAACGCUCUGGACAAUGUUGCGGCUCGGCAAUACAUGGACCGCCGAUGCGUGUACUAUCAGAAGCCAUUGCUUGAGUCAGGAACAUUGGGUACCAAGGCGAACACUCAGGUCGUGAUCCCCUUCAUGACAGAGUCCUACUCGUCGUCUCAGGACCCUCCCGAAAAGUCGAUCCCUUCGUGUACCGUCAAGAACUUCCCCAACGCCAUCGAACACACCAUCCAGUGGGCUCGAGAGCAAUUUGACGCCUUGUUCGUUAACCCUCCCAGCAAUGUGAACCUGUUCCUUUCGCAGACCAACUACGUGGACACCCUGAAGUCCUCGGGCCAGCAGUACGAGACGCUGAAGACCAUCUUGGAGUUCUUGAAGACGAAGAAGCCCACUAGCUUUGAGGAAUGCAUUAAAUGGGCACGUCUCCAGUUUGAGGAGGACUACAGCAACAGCCUGAAGCAGCUUCUAUUCAACCUUCCCCGGGAUCAGGUUACGUCAACGGGCCAGCCCUUCUGGUCGGGUCCCAAGCGAGCGCCCGAGCCCCUCGAGUUCAGCGCCGAAAACCCCGUCAUGUUGGAUUACAUCGUUGCUACUGCCAACCUCCACGCCUUCAACUACGGCUUGAAGGGAAACAACGAGCCCGAUUUCUUCAAGAAGGUGCUAUCAACGAUCGAUGUACCCAAGUUUAACCCGAAGGAGGGUGUCAAGAUCCAGGUCAACGAGAAUGAGCCUGUUGCCAACGAGUCCAGCGGAGACGAGGAUCUCGACAAGGUUCUGGUCGAACUGCCCAAGCCGAGCGAUAUGCCCGGUUUCAGGUUGACUCCUGUCUCGUUUGAGAAGGAUGAUGACACCAACUUCCACAUCGCCCAAAUCACCAGCGCUUCCAACCUGCGAGCCAUCGCUUACGGUAUCUCCCCGGCGACUUCCCACACCACCAAGCAGAUCGCUGGUAAGAUCAUCCCUGCCAUUGCCACUACCACGGCUUUGGCGACGGGAAUGGUUUGUCUCGAGUUGUACAAGAUUAUUGACGGCAAAAAGGACAUCGAGAAGUACAAGAACGGUUUCGUCAACUUGGCGCUGCCCUUCGUCAGCUUCUCGGAGCCUAUCGCACCACCCAAGUUUGGUCCUCCCGAGAAGAACUGGACCUUAUGGGACCGCUUCGACGUUCAAGAGGGGACUUUGCAGGAGUUCAUCGACCACUUCAAGGCCCAGGGUCUGAAUGUGUCGAUGAUCUCCAGCGGUGUCAGCAUGCUUUGGUCAAACUUUACCCCUCCUCAAAAGGCCAAGGAGCGUCUUCCAAUGAUGAUGUCGGAAGUGAUCGAGAACGUUUCCAAGAAGCCUAUUCCUCCUCAUCAAAAGGCGGUGAUCGUCGAGAUAAUGGCCGAGGACGACGACGACGAGGAUGUCGAGACUCCCUACGUCUUGGUUCAUCUGAACAGGAACUGAUCAAAUCGGAAAUGUGUUGUGUCCCUGAUGUCAAUGCCCAUGUAGUCUAC